AUGAAUAGUGUAAAUCUAGUCGUGAUUGUGAUGGCACUGAUGUGCCUGGUCAUGGCCAGUGGCGUUGACAAUCAGGAUGCGGAGAGGAAGCUCAAUCGAUUAGGUAUCCCCAAGCUACCGGCCAAGAUCAAAGUGACAACGACUCGGCCGGUUACCAGAGUCCGCAAACCCGGGACUAAACCCACGCGAAAAAACAAUGUUGUGGCGUUGGACAAGACGAAUAAACUUCCAGUUGAUUCGGAAGAAGAAGAAGAGGGAUGGACUUUUUCUCAACUGCUGAAACAGGCUGAAUUGAGGGGACGACCGAAGAAACACAAGAAGAUGAAGCGAGCCCUGAUAGCGCUCCUGCUGGCUUACAAACUCAAAUUCGCAGCGCUGAUUCCCGCCAUCAUCGGGGGCUUGAUCAUGCUGGUGAUGACAACAGGCCUCGCAGGAUUCUUCUUCGCCCUUUUCGCCGCCGUAUUGGGCCUCAAGAACACCUGA